AUGGGAACAGCUAAGAAGGAAAGACAAAGAAGAAUUCGCCAAAAUGACACGAAAGAUGGCAAUCUGCGGGUGAAAGGUGAGAACUUUUACAGGGACUCAAAGAGAGUGCAGUUCCUUAAUAUGUACAAAGGUGGAAAAUCCAUCAGAAACAGAAAGGGUGAAAUUCUAAAAGCAGCACCAUUGCAGGAUGCCACUAUCCCAACAGCUCGUGUGCAACCAGACCGUCGUUGGUUCGGGAACACCAGGGUUAUCUCCCAGGAUGCGCUUCAACACUUCAGAGAUGCUCUCGGAGACACACAGAAGGACAGCUAUCAGGUUUUACUGAGAAGGAAUAAAUUGCCAAUGUCGCUUCUGGAUGAAAAAGACACCACGGAUUCUCCUACUGCCAAGAUCGUUGAGACAGAAAGUUUUGAGCAUACAUUUGGUCCUAAGACUCGUAGGAAGAAGCCUUCGGUUGCUCUUUCGAGUCUGGAAGAGCUGGCUGAUGUCACGAAUGAAGAUAAUAAAAAGUUUGAAGAGAAGCAAGUGCUGAAUGCGACACUGGGGCUAAUGGGGAAUCAGGACGAGGACCAGGAUGGCUGGACUCAGGAGGCUAGGGAGGCGAUUUUCAGUAAAGGCCAAUCCAAACGUAUUUGGAACGAGCUAUACAAGGUUAUCGAUUCUUCUGAUGUUGUCAUACAUGUUCUGGAUGCCAGGGAUCCGCUGGGUACGCGAUGUAAAUCGGUUGAGGAAUAUAUGAGGAAGGAAACACCGCAUAAGCAUCUGAUGUACGUUUUGAACAAGUGCGAUUUAGUCCCAACAUGGGUAGCAGCAGCUUGGGUCAAACAUCUUUCGAAAGAGCGUCCCACCUUGGCGUUCCACGCAUCCAUUACCAAUUCCUUUGGUAAAGGUUCUCUGAUACAGCUUCUGAGGCAGUUCUCUCAGCUCCACAGCGAUAGAAAGCAGAUCUCUGUCGGCUUCAUUGGCUACCCGAACACCGGUAAGUCGUCGAUAAUCAACACGCUUAGGAAGAAAAAGGUUUGCCAGGUCGCUCCUAUUCCAGGUGAGACCAAGGUCUGGCAAUAUAUCACACUGAUGAAAAGGAUUUUCCUCAUCGACUGUCCCGGUAUUGUUCCCCCAUCGAGUAAAGACUCCGAGGAGGAUAUCCUAUUCAGAGGUGUCGUCAGAGUUGAACAUGUCUCCCAUCCGGAGCAAUACAUUCCUGGCGUCCUCAAGCGUUGUCAGACGAAGCAUUUGGAAAGAACCUACGAAAUUUCCGGCUGGGAAGACGCUACCGAGUUUAUUCACAUGCUAGCCAGAAAGCAAGGCAGACUAAUCAAAGGGGGUGAGCCGGAUGAGAGCGGUGUCGCCAAACAAGUGCUCAACGACUUCAACAGAGGUAAGAUACCGUGGUUUGUGCCGCCACCGGAGAAGGAGAAAGAUGAAUCUGGUGAACAAGAAAAGGAUAAGCAUGAUUCGACGGCGAAGUGA